AUUUUUAUAUAAAGGGUGGUGCUGUUGCUGUAGCUGUUGGCAUGUAGAAUAGUAGAAAACUAAAGCUUUGUGGUUUGUGUGGACAAAAUUUAGUGCUAAAGACAAAGUGCCACCCCUCUCUCUUUUUCUACUUUCUUUGAUCAUUGAUUAUCCAUCAAAAUCUCUUUUUGUGUGGGAAAUUUCACUUAAUUGCUUUCUCAUGGAGUGUAAUGAAUUUGUGUAUGGUGAAAUUCUUUGAUUCCAUAGUCAACAGUGAAAGUGGAUGUAUUCUUCUCUAUUGAGCUGCUUUUUGGCUUAAUUUUAAGUUUAGAGGCUUUUCUUCUAAAAGCGCUUUCUUUGAGUUGGGCUGCAAGUUGCUUCAAAAUGGCACAGAAAAUGGAAAUUGUGAGCACUUCUGGUCAUCAUUGAUUGUGACAGCACGGCUCUACACAUAUACUGUCUCAUAGUUUUGUGUUGGAGGAGCCUAGCUAUGGUUGUUUUCAUGCUUCUUAGUGCAACAGGGCCACCGAUUAAAAGAAGAGCGGGUUUGAGAAUUAAACAAGCGGGUAGAGGUUCAUACAGAGGAAGCUAGGAGUGUGUUUGAAGUUAUUUUUGGGUUCUCUUCUGUGUUUCUUGUUUAUUUUGCAAAGUCCUGGAAAGUAGAACAUAUGGAAGCCACUUCUAUAACGCAGUUGUUGAAGGGCUUUUGUGAUAAUACACUUUGGAAAUAUGCUGUUUUGUGGAAGCUUGACCACCAUUUUCCAAUGACUUUGACCUGGGAAAAUGGUUACCAGAAAAGAAAUGAGGAUGUGGAAAGUAUGUGGGGUGACAUCAGUUUCAAAACCCCAGAUGAGGUAUAUUCUUCAAGCGGUGAAAGUACUGAUGAUUCAGGAGAUUAUUCUUUUCAACUACUCAUGAUUGAAAUGUCUCAUCGCAAAUACAAUUUAGGAGAAGGGGUUGUUGGCAAAAUAGCUCUUGCCAGAGAUCAUUGUUGGUUUUCCUGUGAGGAUAUUCUCACUGGUAAAUUUGACACUGAUUUAUUCCCUGAGUGUCCUGAUGAGUGGCUUCUUCAAUUUGCAUCUGGCAUCAAGACAAUUGUGCUGGUACCAGUUCAUCCACUAGGGGUUUUGCAGUUUGGUUCAUUUGAAGAGAUUGCAGAAGACCUGGAAUUUAUUACCAAUAUCAAGGAUAAAGUCCAUUCCAUUCAUUGUCCAGAAGCAAAUACUGCACCUUUGAACUUGGGAACUGAUUAUCGAGAUUGGUCAUUCUCAACCCUAAUGCAUAAUUUGAUGGAUAUCUUGAACGAAUCAUCAUCUGUUACAGAUAGUAUAUUGAAAAGUGAGGUUUCAACUAGUGCUACACUCAAUGUGAAUGGUUCAAGGUUGAAUCCGACAAUGCUGUCAUUUAUUCAGGGCGACUGUUUCUUGUCUGGAGAAAAUCUGGUAAAAUCUCUGAAACGAGCAAAUGAAAGUGUUAUAGGUUCUUCAUCAAUUGAGAUGUUGAUUGAUUCAAAACAUGUUGGUAAGAUAGAGGCAAACCCAUGUCAUAUGGAAGAAGAGAUAUGGUCCUGGUCUCAUUUGGUUAACAAUGUGGGAGUGUUUGGCGAGAUGUCAUAUGAAUUUGGCUCUCACAUGGGUAAAAAUAUGACGGGGAAAAAAUUUGGAAGCACUGAAACUGAUCAUGGUGUUAAGAAUGUGAAUGACUUCUUCAAUUUUCCCUUAGAGUCUGAAUUGCACAAAGCACUUGGAACAGUUGCAUACGGAGAGACAGGCAAACAUAUGUCAAAACAUAUCUCUGUGGAGGAUACAUACAGUAGCUCAACUUUGAUAUCCAAUGAAAAAGAGCAUGGUAAUAUUAAAGGUUUGGAGCUUUCCAAAGAAGUUGAUCCAGAAUAUCUUUUGGAUGCUGUUGUUGGCAGUUUAUGCAGUGCCUCUGAUGAUACUUCAAGCUUAUGUAACAGUGUUAGGUCUCUUAUAUCCAUGCCAAUAAAGUUUACAGGUUGCAUUCAGCCAAAAAUUAAUUCAGAAGAAAGCACUUUGAUUGUUGAAAAUUCAGAUAUGAAAACAGAUAAUAUGCCUGCAGUUAUGAUCAAGGGCAAAGAUGAACGUUCUCACACUUAUACAUCAUCUUUUGAUGAAAAUUCAAGCUUAUUGGUUCAUGAGGCACGGCAGGAAAAGGUUAGUAGUCAUAUGCAGCCUGUUAGUGGACCAAAGCCCUCUAGCGCAAGCAAGAAGAGAACAAGAGUUGGUAAUAACCAAAAGUCAAGGCCAAGAGAUAGACAACUAAUCAUGGACAGGAUGAAGGAGUUGAGAGAACUUGUCCCAGAUGGUGGUAAGUGUAGCAUUGACAACCUCUUGGAACGGACCAUAAAGCACAUGCUAUACUUGAGAAAGAUAACAAGCCAGGCCGAGAAACUGAAACAAUUUGCCAAUCGGGAGGUUCCUAAAUGCAAAAGGCAGAAAAUCAACGGCAGCCACCCAGGAAGGAGCUGCGCAUUUGACUUUGAAAGUGAACUAGCAUGGCCCAUAGUCAUAGAAGAUCUGGAAUGCUCAGGGAACAUGCUCAUAGAGAUGAUAUGCAACGAGCAUGGGCUUUUCUUAGAGAUUGCUCAGGUGAUCCGAAAGCUUGACCUUUCCAUCUUGAAAGGGAUUUUAGAAAACCGUUCAAGCACCAACUGGGCUUGUUUCAUUGUUGAGGUUCCAAGAGGUUUUCACAGAAUGGAUGUUUUAUGUCCUUUACUGCAUCUUCUGCAACUUAGAAGAAAGCCUGUAUCGUAUAAUAGCUGACCCUUGAUCCUUAAUAUCAAGAAAAUGUGGCCUGUCUUCAGUUUCCAAGGCAGCUUCUGUUUUGGCAAGUCUUAUAUAAUAUAUACAUCCACAAGAAGUUACAAUAUUUACAAGUGACUUGUGUCUAAUAAAGAAUGAUUGUGUUUAGGGCUUUAUGGCCUCGUUAGUGAAGUUGCCGCAUUUUAAUGGUAAUGAUGAGUUGUACCUAAAUAUGUAAACAAGAACACUUAUAAGGGUUGUGGAAGAGUGACUAGCAGCUAGCUUUGUAAAAUUUGUGGUGCGACAUGAUGGCAUCGAUCUAGUAGAGAACGAGAAGGGUUUCCUAAGACUGUAAUACUAAAAGAACGCGUGAAUGCUCCAUUGACCAUGAGAUAUUGUGCCUCGUUCGGUAUCCAUUUUAAAUUAUGGCAAGGUCAUUUUAGGAUUUGAAUUAUUUUUGUUGUCCCAAAAGAAAAGAAAAUAUAAGGUGUCUGCUCAAUUC